ACAUUAUUAAACUAAUUGAAGUAUUAUAGUAAAAUAUCAUUCGUAAUAAUUAGUGAUGAACCUACUGGAAGAUUGGCAUUGGUUUUCGAAUUGAUGGAACAAAAUCUGUAUGAACAUAUUAAAGGUAAGAGAUAACAAUACAUAUAAUUAGGUAGAAAAAUACCAUUAAAAUAAGAGAAGAUUAGGAGUUAUACAUAUCAAUUGCUCAAAGCCAUUGAUUUUAUGCACUCGAAUAAUAUUUUUCACAGAGAUAUUAAACCGUAAGAUUUGAAUUGAUUGGUUUUAGUGAAAAUAUUUUGUUGCUUGGAGAUCAUCUUAAAUUGGCUGAUUUGGGUUCGUGUAAAGGAAUCUACUCCAAACAUCCAUAUACAGAAUAUAUCUCAACCAGAUGGUAUAGAUCACCAGAAUGCUUAAUGACAGAUGGUUAUUAUGACAGUAAAAUGGAUAUUUGGGGUGCUGGUUGUGUCUUAUUCGAGAUCACAGCCUUAUUUCCUUUGUUUCCUGGAAGUAACGAAUUGGAUUAAGUCCAUCGAAUACACAAUAUUUUGGGAACACCCAAUCCAAAGGUUCUUGAUAGAUUCAGAAAGCAUGCGACUCAUAUGGAAAUCAAUUUUCCUUAUAAAGUAGGAACUGGAUUAGAGAAUUUGAUUCCACAUGCUCCUAAAGAUCUUGUAGAUUUAAUUAAAUAGAUGUUAAUUUAUGAUCCGGAAGAACGUAUCAAUGCAAAACAAGCACUGAGACAUCCCUACUUUAAAGAAUUAAGAGAUCAAGAAUAGUAAAAAUUAUUAGAAACCAGUUUAUAAUCAAUUAAACUUUUAAAAAAAAAGUAAUCAUUUUCAAUAAAAUAAGCGAUGAUUCCUUGACAGAAGAAGAGUAAAAUACUUCCCAUAUUUUACAUAAAAAGACAUUAUUCAAUUAAACCAAUAAAAUCUUAUAAAAUUCAUUUAAGAAUAAGAACAUACACCUUUUGGAUUCUGUGAAAUUGCCAACAUUAACAAAAAAAUAAGCGGACUUAAAAAAAGCAUAUGGUCCAACAAACUUUUAGAGUAAUAAUCCCUCUUCAUAAUUAGCUACAAAGAAAAAAUCUAUCUAAUAUGAAUACAUAUUAUAUGGGAAAAAGGCAAACUUAGGUAAUUUUCUAAAUACUCUCAGGCAUAAAUGAUCAUCAC